AACGCUUCGAAGCAUUUGUAGUGUUACAUUGACCUAGCCUUAGUCUGCACGACCGCGACGGAUCCUCUCUAUUAGCUGUUUAUAAUCUGAAUUUCUUCAUGAUCGCUUACGGUCGUCUAUUUCUUACAUAGGCCUUUUAAGGCCUUCUACCUCACUCUCAUAGUUAUAUUCAAAGUUAAUCUACGUUACUAAAAAUAUAUUCGAUUAAAAUAUGUUUACCUCUUGUUCAACUUCGUGUUUGUAUUCCAAAAUUUCAUAAAUUUAAUGAUAUAAUAAUAAUUGUUUGUAGUUUUCUAACGCUUUAACAUCCCCUAUAUCAAGGUCAUUGACCAGAACUAUUCCCCCCACUACUAUCCACGGUGUCAAUAAUAGCUUUAUAUUUCGAAUGAAGAUGCGAUUCGUUCUGAGACAGCCCUCGACUGUUUCCAGGGUUCACACGUGUCAGAAAUAAAAUUCACUAUCCCGGUUUUUCUUUUUCUCUCAUUCUUUUCCGCCGUUUCAACCAAAUGUGAGUUAGCGCCGUUUUUUUUUUCGGGAUUUUCCACGCGAUUUUAACAUUUGAACCAAUCGUUUUGCGACGCCAAAUCACGCUUGAGUCGGCCUGCGGGUUUUUGUUCUUUCGGCUGGCAAGUGGGGAGCAACUUUGUAAAGUUGUUGACGGAUAGUUCGGAUAGUUGGUUGUACUUGACGUACCGACGACAUAUUAUCACGUUUGGGGAGGACGAUCCCAGCUCAUCGUAUCUCGUGGCAGAGUUUCGCACGAGACUUUCAUUCCAUCACGUCAUCGCGGUUAUUAACGCGGAAAUACCGGCGGUGGAAUAAGCGGAUGACAUUGCGAUUUUUGCAUAAACAGGCGUAUCAUACGAGGAAAAUGAUGAAACUGGCACGAAUCGGACACGAGGAUUUAAACAAUAAGUUGAACGACUUGCCUAUGUUGACCGGAACAUCAUCAACCGACGAUGUAGAUUAUACAGACUAUCGCUUUGAGGCUGCAAGGUUGAAUAGUUUUGUUGGUUGGAACGUGCCAUAUAUUGACCCCCAGAAACUUGCGGCUGCUGGCUUGUAUUAUACCGGACAAGAGGAUAUAGUCAAAUGUUUUGAAUGCGGGACUGUCUUGGCUGGAUGGUUAGAAGGUGAUGACGCCAUGAUAGAACAUCAACGAUGGUCCGGACGAUGUAGAUUUGUUCGCAAUAUUGCCUGUGGAAAUAUACCAAUUGGCAUCGAUCCUAGUACAGUACCAUCAUCUCAUAAACAGUUACAGACUUGCGGACUCUACGGCAUCAGAUACAUGCCUAAUUCUGGUCCAGAUAAUUUGCAACUGGAGGAAACGACGGAACAUAACCCAAUCGAGAUAAAUAGUAAAGAUACCGAAGUUAAAGUCUUCUACGAUUCGGACUCAGACGAUGUGUCCUUUAUAGCUAAAUUCGGUGAUGUUAUGAGUUCAAAGCAACCAAAGUAUGCUUGCUACGAACAAAGAUUACGUACUUUCGCGAUGUGGCCAGAAAACAAGGUUCAAAAAAAGGAAGAUUUAGCGGCCGCUGGUUUUUGGUAUUUAGGCUAUGGUGAUCAAACAAUGUGUUUUUUCUGCGAAGGAUGCUUAAAGGAUUGGAUGCCAACAGACAACCCUGUGGAAGAACAUUUCAAGUGGUUUCCCGACUGCGCGUUUAUCAAAAAGGUAUUAGCAAAAAAACAAUUAAGAGAGAAUGCCGAUCUGCAGCCGUCAUCUGCGGCAUGAAUGGAUCAUGGGAGACUGUCUCCAUUUACAACUAGCGUUUAUUAAGCGAACUAUUUGUCAAUUGAAACACGAUAAUGAGACUGUUUUACAAUAGUAGAGAUUCAUGGUACAUAUUUAAUGCUAUCAGAAACUGGAACGCAGGUAUCCCCACUACUUAAUGUGGGAUCUUAUCACACAUGCUUGAUGUAUAGAAAAUUAACUAAAUGUAACCUUGCAUGUAUGUGUAUAUGAUGGGUAGAAGGGGAACUGCGACAUACAAAGGAGCAUGUGUGCGUUUGGAGCUUUGAUCAACUUUAGAGAGUAGACAAGAACAACAAUAUUCUUUUUUUUUUCAUGCUCUAUUCACGCUGUCGGUGCUCGGCGCUAUGUUCACUGAAUCAGAGCUUGACGAUUAAAUUAUAAAAUCAAUAACGCUUUACCGUUUGCAAUUUUUGUACACAAAUAGUACUUGUUAUACAAUAAUAAAUAUACAUAUGUAUAUUAAUAAUAAACAAAUAGUAAAUAAUCGAUGUAAGAGAACUUAUUAUUUGAAAAUAAUAUACAUAUAUACAUAUAGUGUGUUGUAUGUUGGAUAAUAUAUACGCGAAUUAUUUUCCUACAUCAAUUCUUCGUAAUCAAUUAAACACGUUUUGUCAUCAAUAUACGAGGAUAAUGUACAACGUUAUGAAUGUAUUUACGUUAUGAAUGUAUAUUUAUAAAUGACGCUUAAUGACAUGACUCAUUAGCAUAUUAGUCUAGUAUGUACGCAACAAAUACACAUAUAUACACAAAACAUAUACAAACACAUUGUAACACGGAUAAAACUUUUGUUAUAAAAUUCCAAAUUCUAUAUCUGUAAGAAGGUUUAAAUUGAUAUUUUUCAUAUAAUAAAUAUUUAUCUAAGCGUAAUUGUGUAUUUAAGAAUUUUAAAUUGUUUAGCGCAGAUAAUACAUUUUUAUUUUUAUUAACUGAUUGUACUGUAUCAUUAGUUAUAGACAUAUCAAUAUUAUAUAAUAUAUACUUAUAUAUUUAAUGCAAGGAUAUAAUACUCCAUAAUCGACAUAAUAUAUUAAUGAAUUAAUGAA